AUGACCGCACGGGUCGCUUGGCCUGUUACGUGGUCCGACGAUUCAGACGAGAGUUUUAAGGACAGGUUGAGAGACGAACGAAGGGAAAGUUGUAUAGACAAAAAGAAGUUCGUGCCGGAGAGUUGCCUCGAUACUCACCUCACAAAGGAAAAUAUCGAAGCAGAGCUGAAAAGAAAAGAUAUAGUCGUGACGACUGAACUCGUGGACUUCAUUCAAACCAAAGCUAAGAAGCUCUUUGCGAUACUAGUCUACUCCGAGAUUCUCGAGGCUAUCGGCGGAUGCUACAAACAUAAGCUCAUGGAUGAUCAUCUUCCCUUGCUAAUACGGAAGGUUGAUAAUCACUACGAAAUUUCUAGCUUGUCCGAAAACGAACCCUCUGACGUUUCAUUUCAAGAUGCAUCGAAUGUCUUCGUCAGCAAGGACGGCACGUGGAAAUGGACUCCGGGCCGCUUACAUGAUUUUGCCGAGAAUCAGUGGCAGUUCAUGGCACCCGUUUUCAAGAAGGAGAGAUAUCGGUACAAGCUCGACGGGCAGCACAUACUCCCCUUCGUGUCUGUGGGAAAGGAGAAGGGUGGCGGUUUCAGCAAGGUUUACCGUGUUACCAUCCAUCAUGCGCAUCAACAAGGAUAUCCGAGUGCAACCGUGGCACUGAAGCAGUUAGAUGGCCAGUCUCAGCACGCUGGUCAGGAGCGGCUUGAGAGGAUGCAUCAAGAAGAGGGCGAAGUCUUGGAAAUGAUCAGGGAGCUCAAGCCUCAAGACCCGCAUCUCAUUGAAGUGUUCGCCGUGAUUGAGCGAGGGAGUGAGCUAUGCUUUAUCUUUCCCUGGGCCAACGGUGGGAACCUCCGCGAGGUAUGGGAACAAGAAAAUCCAGAAACCAACAAUCUCGAUUGGAUCAAUUGGGCCAUCGAUCAGCUUCGGGGCCUAUCGGUAGCAAUAUCCAGACUACACCAUCUCGAUGAGGAGAGAAAUUGUCGACACGGCGACCUGAAACCAGAGAAUAUUCUCCACUUCAAAGGCGAGAAGGGAGCAAGAGGAAAGCUGGUAAUCGCCGAUGUUGGUUUGGCCAAAGUCCAUACCAACCCGACCGUCGACAGGGCCGGCCGCCAUAUUUUGACAGUAGCCAUGUCUGGUACGCAAAGAUAUGAGCCACCCGACUUGCUUGAUAAAGUCGCCCGAUCCCGAGUGUACGAUAUCUGGUCCUUGGGGUGCAUUUGUUUGGAAUUCAUCAUAUGGCUUCUGUACGGUAAUGGUGGUCUCCGAAGAUUCAACGAGGCAUUCACUCAUCGGAAGUUCUGGACGGCACCACAGAAUGCAACCAGUUCCAUGGAUGCGAUGCUUGAAGACGAAGUCUUUAAGUGGAUGAAUUGGAUGCAAGCGAUGGAUCCUCGGGUCGCAAAAGAUACAGCUCUCGGAGACCUCUUGGACCUUGUCCGAGAUCGGCUGCUCGUGAUCAAAGUCGAACGGACGGGCAUCGCUGUCCCGUCCAAUGACUGUCGCGCUCGGUCAGAAGAGGUCUGUCAAAUUCUGGCCAACAUCCGAAAGAAAGCGAAGAAAGAUGCCCCUUACCUGACGAAAUGUGCCGAGAAGCCAGACCCUUCUCCACACGGGCCAGGUGGGCCAGACUCCGAUUCUAAUACCCAGCACAGGGCACCACGUCCAAGAUUCGGCGUUCAAAAUCUACCCGUACCAGGUUACGUCUCUGCCCCCGCGGAUGGGAAUCAAAAUCAGCCACGAGUCGGUGAAGGUGAUCAGUUCGAUAGAACAGCCCACGGAAUCAACAUCAGAGUCACAGCUCCUCAAGUACCUUUCUUCGACCCACCGGUCAGCGGUUCUAAUCCCACAGAGGAUUCAACUGUUUCUACGGAUUCACUCUUCGCUUUGCCCCGCAUCAAUUCUCACCACGAAAACCGAGCAACUAUUGGGUUUCCAAAGCUUCCAAAGGCAGGGAGUCCAACGGAGAUCGCGCUGUGCCGAGAAUGGCUCCGAGUAUGCGACGAUCCGAAACUGCACAACUGCCACCCUUCCCUCGAAGGACAGCUACCCACGAGAGUGCUCGAAGUGUUGAGCCAUGACAGCCCUGGAGUGCGGCUACAUAUAUCAAAGCCAGGCGAGAAAGGUAGAUAUUUUGCCCUUUCUCACCGCUGGGGCGAUCCAUUGGAACAUCGGCGAUUCUGCACGCUUCGGACAAACUACAACGAAUUUGUGGACUGGAUCAGCUUUGAAAGACUCCCAAAGACCUUUCAAGAUGCUGUAACAGUCACGCGAAGCCUUGGAGUCCCUUUUCUGUGGAUCGACUCUCUCUGCAUUGUGCAAGAUGACCCAGAGGACUGGGAGACGGAGUCUAAACAGAUGGAAGAUGUCUACAACUUGGCCUAUUGCACUCUUUCGGCUGCUUGUGCUCGGGGAACAACACACGGCUUUCUUCGACCGAGGACCCCGAGAGACUUUGUCACGCUCAAACACAGGACUGGAGAUGUCUUUUAUAUUUGCAAGGCCAUUGACAACUUCGGCGCUGACGUCGAGGAGGGAGAACUGAGUCGACGUGGAUGGAUUCUGCAGGAGCGUGCAAUGUCCCGGCGCACCAUCCACUUCACUGACACCCAAGUGUAUUGGGAAUGCGGAGAUGGGGUUCACUGUGAAACACUGAUCAAAAUGCGCAACUCGAAGUCGGCGAUCUUGGGUGACUCGGAGUUCCCAAAGGCCGCCGAACGUCUCGUCAAGGGCGGGAGGAUCGAGCUUUUCCAAUUCAUCUACAAACGGUACUCGACGCUCGCUUUCACAAACAAGGGAGACCGGUCCAUCGCCAUCUGCGGCCUCGAAAACCGGCUGAUCCGGACAUUCGACACAUGUGGGGCGUACGGCGUCUUUGACAAGUUUCUGAAUCGAAGCGUCCUGUGGCAGCGAGGUGGGGAGAAGAUGAACCGCAUCACCUACCCUGCACGGAGAAGUGUCCCCUCCUGGUCCUGGAUGGCAUACGACGGAUGCAUCACCUACGUCGAGGUCCCCUUUGGCCAAGUCGACUGGGCUUCGAGCCUGAGAUUUCCGCCGUCCCCGCAAGAUCAACCACCAGACGGCGCUGACGACGACAACAACGACAGAAUGCCUCUCUGCGAGCUCGUUGCGACCGCAACAGACUUUUCACAGGCAUCCCCCGCGCGUCCGAUGGACAAUGUGACCUUUGACAUACCGGGCACAAAGCACCUUCCAGAGUUCAAGUGUGUCGUCGUGGGGAGUGACAAGCCUCGGGCCGCCUUGGGCACACAGAAGUAUUACAUUCUCGUCGUUGCUCCUGCUUCAUCGGGAGCGGAUCCGGGCGUGUAUGAGCGAGUGGGUGCUGGCAUUGUCGAGAAAAAUCGUCUAGACCUCCAGCGGCAGGAGGACGAGAUUCGCAUUCGGUAG